AAUUUUUCAGCAAAAAUUUGUUUCAUCAUAAAUUUGUUUUUCCUUGUGAAGUCCAAGAAAACAAACAACUUGAGUUGGUCUAAUAGCAGGGGCAAGAAAAAUUGUGUGAAACCACCAACUACAUGACUUUUCAGCAUACAUUUUAAAGAAAGGUUCUCACUAUAUUUAACACGGGGCAUGUCCUACCAUAAUUACCAUUACAUAUACUCCUUAUUUAAAUGCGAUUUCUGAAUCUAUUUUUCUAGUUUUGAUCUUUGUAUGUUCAAGUAUUAAGUAUAAUUUUAACAUAAAACUGUAAAUACAAAAUUAACUAUUCAUCACAAAGUUCCUCCUAUGCUGUGGCUGUGAGCAGAAUAUUUUUUUUUUUGAUAAGUUACUGUGAGCAGAAUUAUCUUCAGUUUCCUUUGUAAUGUGUUAUACAUGUUAGUUAAAGUAACAAUAUUGAUUAGUCAUCCAAAUAAUUUUUCUCUUAUGUUACAGGAUUAACUAGAAGCUCGCUGAGGAUUGUAGAAGGCAUUGCAGUCGGUGUGGCUGGACUUGUAUUAAUCUCUGUUCUGAUUUUAUGGAGGAAGAAAACAAUGAAUCGUCAAAAUGUGAAUGAUCAAAAUGUUGAGUUAUUUUUUAGGAAUUAUGGAUCCCAUGUUCCAAAGAAGUAUAAUUAUUCAGAUAUUAAAAGAAUGACCAACUCAUUCAGAGACAAACUAGGCCAAGGAGGAUAUGGUGUUGUGUACAAAGGAAAUCUAUUAGAUGGUCAGCUUGUGGCGGUGAAGGUCUUGAACGAGACCAAGGGUACCGGAGAGGAAUUUAUCAAUGAAGUUGCUAGCAUUAGUAGAACUUCCCAUGUCAAUAUAGUCAAUUUUUUAGGUUUCUGUUAUGAGAGGAACAAAAGAGCUUUAGUUUAUGAAUUCAUGAGCAAUGGAUCUUUGGACAAGUUCAUCUAUAAUGAUGGAUCUCCGAAUUCAAACCAUCAGCUAGAUUGCAAAACAUUAUACCAAAUUGCAAUUGGUGUUGCUCGAGGGUUAGAGUAUUUACACCGAGGUUGUAACACAAGGAUUGUUCAUUUCGACAUAAAACCUCAGAACAUUCUUUUGGAUGACGACUUCUGUCCCAAAAUCGCUGAUUUUGGCCUUGCUAAAUUAGGACAAAGGAAAAAGAGUAUUAUGUCGACGGUGGGUGCAAGGGGAACUAUUGGAUAUAUUGCUCCAGAGGUAUGUUUUAGGAAUUUUGGAGGAGUCUCUCAUAAAUCUGAUGUCUACAGUUAUGGAAUGAUGGUUCUGGAAAUGAUUGGCAGAAGAAAGGAUGUUGAAGUUGAAAGAGUCCAUUCAACUGAAGUAUAUUUUCCGGACUGCAUUUAUGAGCAGUUGGAACACAAUGAGGAUUUUAAUGGAUUUACAACCGAAGAGGAAAAAGGAACAGCAAAGAAAAUGACCAUUGUGAGUUUGUGGUGUAUUCAAACCAAUCCAGCAGAUCGUCCAUCAAUUACUACUGUCAUAGAAAUGUUGGAAGGAAGCCUUCAAUCCUUGCAAAUUCCAGCUAAACCCGUCGCAUCUUUUCCUUCUAGGUUGGAAGAAGAUUCUUCUCCAUUAUUACCACAAAGUUCGAGUAUUGACUCCACAAAUUGAAUGGAAGAAUAAUAUUAAUAUGUUCUUUGGAAGAAGAUUUUUCUCCUUCUGAUGCGCUUUUGUCUUAAUGCUGAUACUUACGGAUUUUUUUUUUACCCCCUCUUAUCUUAAUCAUGAAUUGUAGUA